GUAGGCAAGAAACAGAAAAUAUGGGGGCGGCGGGAGAAAGCAAUAAAAUAUACACAGAAGUGUAAGCAGUUAAGUUGAUAUAAGCUAUCUGAAUUAAUAAAAUACAACAAAACACAAACACACAUAUAAGUAAGUAUAAAUGUCAAGAUUUCAAAAGGAGCAGAAAAUAUAAAAAUGCUACUCAGUCUCAGAAUAGGAGUUUUAGUAGCCUGUGAAGUUGCAAUCCAGAAUGUCUCUGGUUUUUCUAAUCUGUCUCCACCUCUGAUAUGGAUUGGUCCGGCGUCCUUAUAGUGAACCACCAUUAGGUAAGUUAAGUUAUAAUAGGCGACUAGAAAUCUUAUGUUCACCAAGUCUGUCUCUUUAACCUCUUCUUUACUCUCAAAUAGUAAUUCACAUUUUUUCCCCUGUGGAUUUCUUUCUUAUAAUCUUAAUUGAUCUGAAGAAUCCUGCAGCGCACCGUGAAGAGGAUGCGCGUCUUUUAAAUAUUUGCACAGAACGGUUAUCGUCAGGUUGCUAGACAACUUGGGAACCAGAAGAGCCGGUCUGUUUAAAUAGCCACUAGGUAAAUAUUUACGUGAACGAUCACAUGGAUAUCAAGUUUAGUUUUUUUUCCUUCUUCCAUCUUUUUUUCUGCGCUAUGGUGUUCUUCUUGGAAACUGGAGUAAUGUGCUCGUGCUGGCCUCAAAGACGGAGGCUGGCCGUAUAUUUAGUGCAUAAACUCCUUAAAGAUGAGCGCUUUUGCUUGGAGCUGCUACUCCAACAAGCCGCCUCUGACAGUCUGUGGGAUUGCCCUGUGUUCCUUUCCUGCGCAAUCUAAAUAUAAGUCGGUGACAAAUAGUCCAAAUACAGUAGCAACCCAACUGUGAUGUGGGGGUGGUGCUGAGAGAACAGCUCCGUCUCCAAAGUCCCCCCUCUGUUGGAUCCGGAGUCCGUCAGGAGAAGGUGGCAGAGAGCCUCAGCUCCCACCUGCGCUCGAUUUUUUUUCUCCCCCUCUCUUUAUUAUCAUGAAGAGACAAAACGCCAGGACUCUCGCCCUCAUCAUGAGCAUCCUCACCUACCUGGUGGUCGGAGCGGCCGUCUUCGAGACCCUGGAGUCGAAGCAGGAGAAAAGUCACAAGAGGAAGCUCGACGCCAGAAAGUACGAACUCAUGCGCAAAUAUAACUUGACCAAAGAGAACUUCGAAGAGCUCGAGCACGUCGUUUUACAGCUCAAUCCUCACAAAGCAGGGGUCCAGUGGAAAUUUGCUGGGUCCUUUUACUUCGCCAUCACUGUGAUUACGACGAUAGGUUAUGGCCACGCAGCGCCGAGCACCGACUCAGGGAAAGUGUUCUGCAUGUUCUAUGCCCUCCUGGGGAUCCCGCUGACCCUGGUCAUGUUCCAGAGUCUGGGCGAGAGGAUCAACACGUUUGUCAGAUACCUGCUGCACCAAGCCAAGAAGUGCCUGGGAAUGCGUCACACCGAGGUCUCCAUGGCAAACAUGGUGACGGUGGGCUUCUUCUCCUGUAUGAGCACCCUGUGCGUGGGGGCUGUGGCGUUCUCUCACUCGGAGGGAUGGAGCUUUUUAAAUGCCUUCUAUUACUGCUUCAUUACACUCACCACUAUUGGCUUUGGAGACUACGUGGCUCUGCAGAAAAAUGAGGCCCUGCAGAAUGACCCUCAAUAUGUGGCUUUCUGCUUUGUUUACAUCCUCACGGGCCUGACGGUGAUUGGAGCGUUCCUAAACCUGGUGGUGCUUCGCUUCCUGACCAUGAACACUGAGGAUGAGCGCAGGGAUGCCAAGGAGAAGGCGUUGCUCUCUGUCAGUAAGCCCAGAGGAGAGGUGGCUCAUCUGUUACCAGUCUCAAUAUCAGCGUCCUCCACACCUGUAGCAGAUAACACCACAAAGGCUAAAGAUUUAAAAGGUGUCUACACUGAAGUGCUUCAAUUCCAGACUAUUUGCUCCUGCUUAUGGUACAGGAGCGAGGAGAAGGAGCAGGACUCCAUACCCAACAUGAUCCCUCAGGAGAUGACAUUCUCCGAUGCCUACUUGCAGCAGAACAAUGACUGUGCUCACUACAUGGAGCCCGGCUCAACAGGUUGCGUUUGCAGUCCACGUCAGUGCACGAGCAUAAGCCCAAUAUCAGGCCUACACAUUUUCUCUCCAUUCAGGAUGUUUAAGAGACGCAGCUCCGUGUAGCCUUUUCAGCACAACAGAUUUCAUUACAGCAUAAUUUGUCUAUAACUGCCAAGUGGGCAGCAGAUACUUGGCAGUCCUCAGCAAAGACAUGACUGCAAGUCGAUGUUUGUGGUGCUACAAUCCCAGUAAUCCAGAAGCAUAACGUGCAAAAAGGGAAAAAAAGCACAUAGAGUACUGUAAACAACAAGGUCUUACACAAAUAUAUAUAUUUGAGAAACAUCACGCAGUGUUUUUAACUGAGGUGUUAUUCGAGGGCAUCCACUAUGCUUUGAGGAAUCCUGUAGGUGUGUCGAAAUUGAUCUGGUUCGCUACACAUGAACAAUACGUGCGCGCAGUGUGUAGGUAAGAGCAGAGGCUUCGGAGCGGUGGCACAGUGAAAGGGUGACAUAAAAAAACGAAUAAAUGAUUAAAACCUGUCAGACAGCAGCUCUCAGAAGUUAAACUUUGUGUUUUUGGUAAUAAUCUCAGAGGUGCUGAUUCAACUCAGGGGUUAUUUCUUAAUGUUGUAGCUGGUCGGUGUUUUCCUUUGAUAGGCACACAUCAUGAUGAUUUUCUGGACUUUUUCCACCAUGGUGUUUGUGACUGGGCUCAUAUCAGUUGCCUUAUGUCGCCCUGAAACAAAUCGUGAUUGUCAAAGCUUCAGAAAAGCUGACACAUACCAGAAAUUUCAUGUGACUCAUGUGUAGCUGCCCCUGGUGUUAUGACUUCCAGGGCUCUUUGCCCAAAGUACAGGUGCAUCACAGACACUACUAAAUUAUGUAACGUGACAAGUGGGUAGGUUGAAAAAUAAAUCACAUCUCAAGCGCAGUUAAAAAAUCCAUUUGGAAAUAAGUGCAGUGAUCACAAGUAGACACUUAUCAGCACUGAGCGAAACGCUCUCAACUGGAUUAGUUGUGUAACACUGAAAGCACUAUUUUAAAAAUUACUAGUGGGAAGAAGCAAGAACUCCAACAGCCCCAUCAAAAAUGAGCAUUGCCAACUUUUCAUUGUGCUUUAUUCAUGUCCCCAUGAACAUUAAAAUCAAAGCUCCUGUGUGUUUAGAUUGAGGCUUAGAGAGAUAAUUUUCCAAUUACAGUAAACACCUGGUGACAUUGCCAAGAUAGCUGCUAAGUGGCAGGAGUUUGUUAAAACGCUGAUACCUUUUUACCCCCUAAAGCUCACUUAUUAACAUGCAUUCUGUUUCACUGACUUCAUUUGUACAAACGAAAAAGUGUUAAAUGUCAAGUUGUGAACAGCUUUUUUAGUUAACGUGCCAAGCCAAGUAAUCACCUCCCAUUAAGCCACACGUUGUAUUUUUUACACUGAUUAAAUAAAAGAAUUGUUUUAAUGUUUACAUGUUCGAGCCACUGAGAAGUAAUUUAGAAUGAAGGAAACAGAUGUAAGCCAAAAACCUAAGAUCUAAGACAGAUAUGAAGCACACCUCUGGAUCAAAAAGUAGAAGCAGGCUAUUUGAGCAGCAGCUUGGAGUGGCAGGUGGGAGGGGGUUACUCUGUUGGUACUGUGGAUAAUAAGCUGGUUGCCAAUCACAGACAAUUAUGUCACAAUGGACUGAGCCUGGGUGAUUGAUGGAAAAGGAAAAAUCCACCCUCAGCUAGUAUUUCCUGUGUUUCUGAACCCAGUUUGGUGCUUAGUGGUGUAUUUUUCUGUGGGCAACCUGAUGCGAUGUCACACUCAGUUUAUUUCCAGCAGCUUCAAUAGAUGAUUAACCUCUUAAGGUAUUUUAUUUAUUUAAGAAAAAAAAUGAGCAGUAAAAAUUUUUCUUGAUCCACCCUUGAGUUUUUGGAUGGAUGCAGAAAUUUAUUGAAACAUGCAAAUGUAAUAUAGAAAAUAGGGCAAAAACAGAGUCUGUCUGUCAGAAUUUGCUAAUGACCACCUUGAUUCUUUAAAACAGCCUGAACUUUCUAAGGCAGAAUUCCUUCUCAUUUCUUUAUGUAGUCUUCAGAAAUAGUUCUCCAGGCUUCUUGAGGGACAUUCAAAUUUCCUUUUGGGUUGUUGACUCCCUUUUGUUCUGUUCAGUGUCAAGAUGAUCCCACACUGCUUCAAUAAUCUUGGUGUCUGGGCUCUGAGGAGGCUGAUCCACGACUGAUAGUGCUCCAAGUAUGUUUUCACUGCACUGGGAUUGUGUUUGGGAUCACUGUCAUGCGGAAAAAUGAAGCUGUUGCCAAUCAGACACUUUCUAGAUGGUAUUAUAUGGUGGAUCAAAAUCUGAUGAUCUCUGUGUGAUGAAAUCUGUGUUCAUAUUUCCGUCAAUUUUAACAAGAUCCCCAACACCACUGGCUGAAAUGUAGUCCCAAACCAUGAAAGAGUCUCCGGUAUGUUUCACAGAUGGCUGUACGCACUCACAAGACCAUGCCUUUCCUUGCUGUUUCCUUUCCUUAAGAAUGACUUCUUGACAGUCUGGCAUUUUUCAUAUAUUCAAUGAAAGAAGUGGGAACUAAUUAUGUGUAUAUUAAGUUAUCUGCUAUGUGUAGGCACAAGACUGGUUCAUCCCUUGGAUUAGGUGCUUUUUUUUGUUUGAAUGAUUCAUAUAGGUCAGUGUUGAGUGGCUUAACAAACAAAGAAAAGCAUUCCUCUGAAAACGGUUGAGUACAAGGACUGGACUGAAAAAGAGUGAAAAAGCAGCCAGUGUCCAAAGAAAUACUGGACAUAAAAGGCCUGGAGAACUUUUGUUUAAGACCAUUAAGAUUUCAAGAAAGUCUGGCUCCAUGGAAGCAAAUACAAGGAAAUGAGGGGUGGCUCAAGACUUCUGCACAUACUGUAGCUAAAAUUAAUAUUUAUUGAUUAUUUAAAUUGUGGUAGAUUAAUUUUCUGUUCAUCAGCUAAUAGAUUAAGUAAUAAAUUAUUGUAAAUUUAUACAAAAACACAAAAGCUGUCAGAUCCUACCUGUUCUCUCUGGAUUUUUGUAACAUGUGUAAACUCUCCACCUGAGGCACAAACACAUGAUUUUAUCCAGUGUUGCUCUGGAAACAAAGUGAAGUUACAAAUUCUUGAGGAUUUGGCUGUUUUGUUUUUUUCUUUAAACUUUUUUUUUUUUUUUUGGCUUAAGAGGGAAAUCCUGAACGCUAUUUUAUGCACGUCUGGGUCUGAUCUGAUCUGUGUUACUGGAACUGACCUUUUGUGGUGGAUGGAAAUAAAUUAGUGCUGUCCGCACAUGAUAAAGGAAGGAAAACAAUGAAUGCGACUUUUUGCCUCAUAAAAUAGCAGUCAGUUGUACAUUUCGUGCAAGUACUGCAUUAGUUUAAAGUAGCAGAUCACGUUGCAAUGGCACAAAGGUUUCUAUUCUUCUUGCUGUUUUCCAAGAUGACAAAGGCUAAAUUAGUACUUGAACAGUCAAAGAGUACUUGAAAUUUUUUAUACAUACCCUGCCAAGGAUUGUAUGUAUAGUUGAGACUAUUCAUUUGUCCGACAAUACAAAUCCCUCUGAUCAUAUCUACUCAUAAUACUGUACUGUUUUGUGCCAUCAUAGGGGGGGGGGGGAAGCAUCCGUAGAAAUACAAAAAAUUUGAAUAUUUUAUCCAAUAAAUAAAUGAGUUUUAACUUCUGUUUUCCUGCUCACAAAAUCACCAUCUACAGGCCAUAUAAGCUGUAAUCAUGUGACUUACAAUCUCCAUGCUGCUUAUCAACAUGUGCUGUGUGAAAGAAAAAAAAAGCCUGCUGAAUGUAUAGAAAUGACUGUUUGGUCCAGAUGGUUUCCCCCUGGGAAUUCUGACUUCAGUCCAGUUCUGGACAACCUACAGCAGGUUAGUCACGAGCAAAAGUUUGGCAAUGCAUCAUUAUGUCAUAUUUCUCUAUAUAUGUGUCAAAAAAAAUAGAAACACGUCACUUUGAUGCUGCACUUUCAGUUUAGGGGAAGCUGCUAUGUUUGAGCUUUAAAUAUGCUACCAGAACACAACUCAUUUUUUCUUUUUUUCAUUUUAAGAAAAACUGAUUUGGCUAUUACAUACCAAUGAGAGAAAGUCUUACUGUGUCCUUGGCAAUAUGUGUCACUGAUAUCUGAAGUCUUAAACCACCAUUUUCAUUAAAGGAAUACAGUUUCAAAAAUGUAGUAAUUUGCGAUUGUGCAAUAAAAUAAAAGGCUAUGUGUAAAAGUCAA